CGAUUGGUUGAUUUUCUCGUGGUCAGAUGUGUUUUUCUUCAGUGAUGAUGGUGCUGUAAAUUGAUUUCCUAUAUUUCCCUUUCUCCACGUACUUACUUUCCGCGAAUUACUCGAUAUGCUGACAUAGUUGCUAGCGAGAGUGUAGUUCGCUGAAGUGCGCGAUUUCGAGGAGGAAAAUGUGUGCAUAACCUCAAUUGCGAGUGCCAGUGUGUAGUCCCCAAAAUUGUACUUUUUUCCAUAGAACCGUUUGUUGAUUUAUCACGAGACUGAACGAGGAAUUCGACACAAUGGCAUCGUUCACGGUGUGGGAUUAUGUGGUAUUUGUGGUGAUGCUCCUGAUCUCAGCUGGAAUUGGCGUCUACUACAGGUUUACGGGUGGAAAGCAGAAGACAACAAAUGAAUACCUCUUAGCUGAUAGGAAUAUGAGCGUCUGGCCGGUGUCAUUUAGCUUGAUGGCGAGCUUCAUGAGUGCCAUCACCAUUCUGGGCGUCUCGAUGGAGAAUUAUCAGUUCGGCACACUUUUUGUCAUCAUCAACAUCUCCUACGGCCUGGCCACACCAAUAGCAUCUCAUCUCUACCUCCCAGUCUUCUACAAACUCCAAGCCGCAAGUGCCUAUGAGUAUCUUGAGAGACGCUUCGGCAGAGCCACAAGACUCUGCGCCAGUAUCGCCUACUCUCUCCAGAUGAUCCUGUACAUGGGAAUUGUCCUGUACGCUCCAGCUUUGGCCCUGGAGGCUGUCACUGGAAUGUCCAAAGUCGCUGCAAUCCUAUCGAUAGGACUUGUCUGUACUUUUUACUCCACCAUUGGUGGCAUGAAGGCUGUUCUUAUCACUGAUGUAUUCCAAUCAAUCCUCAUGUUCGCGGCUGUUUACAGCAUUAUCAUUGUUGCGGCUGUUCUUGCCGGUGGAUUUGGGGAGAUUUGGCGAGUUGCUGACGAAGGAGGGCGUUUGGAAUUCCUCAACUUCGAUCCUAAUCCCACCGUUCGGCACACCUGGUGGUCCUUGAUCAUUGGCGGAGCCUUCACUUACCUCUCCCUCUACGCUGUGAAUCAGACUCAGGUGCAGCGUCUGCUGACAGUGAGGAGUCUGAAGGCCUCUCAGGGAGCUCUGUGGCUCAACUGGCCCAUCCUCUCUCUGCUGAGCUUCAGCACAUCCUUCAGCGGUCUUGCCAUCUACUAUUACUAUGCCAAGUGCGAUCCUCUGCUGCAGGGCAGAAUCUCUUCUCGCGACCAGCUGAUGCCGAUUUUCGUGGUGGACACGAUGCACGAGUACUCAGGACUGCCCGGUCUGUUUGUUUCGGGAAUCUUCUCUGCAAGUCUCUCCACGGUUUCAGCUGCUCUCAACUCCUUAGCUGCCGUGACACUUGAAGACUACAUUAAGCCACUGUACAGGAUUAUAAAGAAAAGGCCUCUGGUGGAGUCACAAUCGACUCUGCCGUCCAAGUUAAUGGCUUGCAUCUACGGAAUAAUCUGCGUGGGGAUGGCUUUUGGGGCUCAAUCUCUUGGCGGAGUACUUCAGGCUUCACUGACAGUAUUUGGCGUUGUCGGAGGACCGCUUUUUGGCCUCUUUACUCUCGGGAUGUUCAACACUGUAGCUACUCAAAGAUCUGCGAUUACUGCUGUUCUCACGGGUUUGGCAUUCUCCAUGUGGAUAGGAUUUGGCCAGCCGAAGCCUCCUGUAAAGAUGCUGGACUUCAGUCUCGAAGGAUGCUCGGAUUCUCGCUUUAAUUCAUCCUUCUAUUCCUUUGCACCGCUCUCCGAAGCGAAAUCCGCCCGCCUGGAAGCAGCCAAUGCCAUUCCCGAUGACUCUGAGUACUUCUGGCUCUAUCGUCUCUCCUAUCUUUGGUACAGUGUCCUGGGAUUCUUGGUCACUCUGUUCGUUGGUCUUGUUUUGGCGUAUCUUCUCAGAUGGCUGAAGCUCGAGGGUGAAUCACGGAUCUACCAGGAUGGCAACAAGGAAUGUAUCAAUACAGAUCUGUUUUCCCCACCGAUUGCUUGGCAGCUGAAGAAGCGCUACGCAAAAUACAUCCAAAACGGCGGCAUUGUUGAUGUAUCCAGCACCAAAAUCAGCGAAAACACAAAAUUCUAGGAAAAAUAACUUGCUGACGAGGAGCAUGGUUUUACAAUGAAUUUAUAAUGAGUAUUACAUACUCUACUUCUAUCUUUUAGUUAAUUUAUACUUAAGCUGUUAUUUAGUUUACCUAUGAGAUUGUCUAUCAAUCACUUAGUGAGAUGUCUAGUUAUAAUUGGCUCAAAUUUUUUUUAUAGUUUUGGGGGUAUCUAGAAAAGUAUAAAUAAUUGUGCUAGCAAAUAUGAAAAGAAGUCUUCCACAAUAUACAAGAGAGUAUGUAGUUUCUGAUGGAUGUACUUAUCAAUGUAGGACAAAUGGCAUGUGAACAAGUGAUUAGAAAUACAAUGGCAUUUCCAACAAAUCAAAAUAAUUUU